AUAUAAUUAAACAGGUGAAAAUAUGGGAAAUAACCAAUGAUGAACUAAACGAACUAAGAAAGAAGAGUCUGCUAGUCUUCGAAUCAGCAGUAGAUCAUGCUUUGACCAAACGCUACCAAUUGAUUACUCGAAGGAAAAUGAACUCCUUGAGCCACUAGAGACUGCGAUUGGUCAAUGAACUGAGAAAUAUGAUGAAGAUGACAAGUUAGCCUUUUACGACUCUAAAAAGGGCCCACAAAGAGGAGAUGACUCCAUGCCUGAUCUAGUGGUUAAUCCUGACCUUUGCUUGAAACAAAAUAGUGCGUUGAUUCAGAGGGCAAAUAAGUAUUUUCCAAGCAAGCACAGGAAGCACUUCUCGACCAACUUUGUCAGGGAGAAUCCCCUUCAGAACAAGACUGUAUCUCGAGCCUCGAACAAAGCCAUUAAACCAAUUUUUGAGUUUACUCCAGACCAAAUUUCCUCAAUGGACCAGAAGAAGCAUUCAGAGAAAAAGAAGUGAAAAAGAUUCCGAAAAGCUUCAAAACACUCAGCUGCAUUGAUUGGUGAGAUGGAUAGUUUCUCCACAGCCUUGGCAAGCCAAGGCUGGUCGAAAUUACCUUUUCAACGACAGAAAACUAAAUCUGUGGGUGCUUCUGAAAGCCAUAAUAACUCUCCAGGAAGUUUGAGCAGCCCAUAAUCCUGAAGGGGUAUACUACUAUUCUCUUUAUCUAAGUUAACAAUUUUUAUG